CAACGCGGACGCGCCUCAACAAGGAUGGGUUGCGACCCUCACCACCCACCACCAGCCAGCGGUGUAACAAAUAUAUACUCAGCCCACCCAACUCCGUCCACUCCAUCCCACCCCUCUCUUCUUUCCGACUGCCGCAGAUUUAGCGUCAACUGACACAUCUUUCGCUCGUUUGUCUCACUACCGCAGACUCCUACUCAUUGCGAAUAACCCUUACUUCAAUCCUUUCUCUGCAACAAACACAAACUCACAAUGACUUCACCGAACAAUACACAAUCAAAAUCCACUCCGCACCUAAUCGCCGGCCAGCCAUCGGGCGGUGCCGAAUUGAGCCUGCAGCCAUGGGCCAUGGGCUUGAAGGUAGCAUAUACGUUCGACCCGGACAACCAGGUGCAACGCCUGGCCCGAUGGCCCCACACGCUCCAGAUCCAAACAGUACCAUUGGAUCAACAGACAACAAUCGGCCUGAUAGAUCUCCGAACAUGCCUGCAAGCCGUUGUCGAGAGCAGCCCCGAGCUUCUCGACCAACAGAACGACUACAGCGUGUACUCGGCAGACUACUCCGAGCCCAACGUGCCGCUAGUUGGGCAAGGCAGGCUAUCUUCUGCGCUGGACUCGCAGCGUGAACCUCGAGAACAAAUGAUCACAGGAUACGUCACACGGAACCUCUUGGGAGCCCUACUAAAUCACGGAUGCCAGUAUACACUGGAGGUAAACCUGAGGUUUACCGCUAUUGCGAGGCAAGUCCGGCGUACAGAUGAUCCCAGCACGGUUGCUGUGGAUGGAACGAGGUCACGACAGCCAACCGGUAGACCCAGAGGACGGCCACGGAAAACCCCCCGAGGAAAUGGGGACACAUCGGCUGCGGAAGAAGCCACCGAUGGCGACGAAGGACCGCAACGGAAGAGGGCCAAAGUCGUCAGAACGGAGUACCCUUCGAUCGUGCCUUUCGGCGCUGUUCCGGGUUCACUGCGGGUCGCCGCAAGCACCUCGGGCUCCCUGCGGACGAUGAGGCCGGUUGGUGAUGGGGGUGGUGUUUCCGCUGCCACCAGCCACCUACAGAACGUCCCAAGGGCACCUACACCGAUCCCUACUGGGCCCCUAAUGCAGCAGCACCCGAGAGAGAGGGUGAUCUCGAAUUUAGCUAGGUCCGAGUCCAUGGCAAACACGCCGUCACCAGACAACUGGUAUUCCGCGGGAGGCAGCGCGGCCGAUCUUCUUUCAUCGCCGUCUGCCUCCAUGCGGUCUACACCACCAGCCCUGAGUCCCGAACUCCAGAUCGACUCGGGCUUUAUGAGCGGCGGCGUCGAAGAUUUCUUCGACGCGAACCUGUUGCAUACCCUGCAACAGCGCCAGUCACAGGACCAGACGCUGCCACAGCAGCAAAACUUCCGCUUCCAACACGAAAUCCCGGGGCCCCCCGAGCUGCUGCCGUCUAACAGCUUGUUCAACCCCGCCGGAAAGGCCAGGGCGUUGAAUCGACAGACCGCUACCGCCUCGGCCCAGUCUGCCCCAGAAACGUCCAUGGGGUUGACCAGCUCCCUACCGCCUUCGAGACACGCCGCAGAAGGCGGCUUCACCGGCAUUCCCCAGCGAGCGGGGAGUCCAGCGUCCGUCAGGUCAAUGCCCGUGCCGGAGCGGCCCCGGCCGGAGACAGUUUUGCCGACACAGCCGGCGUCGAGACCCGGUUCAAGGCAUCUCCACGCCGUAGACGUUCCUGCCCCGGCCGCCCCAGCCCCGGCCGCCCCAGCCUCGGCUGACCCGGCAAGUGAGCCCGUUGCCCACACCGCAACCCCGGUAUUAUCGUUGCCGCGCGCAGUCACAUCGGAGGCGCCUUGCCCGUCCAGCGACGUUGAGGCCCCGCGGCACAGCAAAAAUUACAUAAAGAAGAUGUCGAUCAAAGAGCGGCUUGAGAUGGCCGUCGAAAAAGGAGAAAUGCCGCAGUUCUGCGCCAACUGCGGCGCCAUCCAAACGCCGACCUGGCGCAAGAUAUGGAGCAGGCACUUCCAGGGCCGACCGGAAGUUCUUGAGAAUGAGCCAGGAGGCUUGAUCAUGAUUGAGGUGUUGGCGAAGGACGCAGAAGGUCUUCCUUCUGCGUACCGAAUGGUCAAGAAAAACCUCGGUCCAUUGGACGAGAAAAGCCAAUGGACUCCGAGUUUAUUGUGCAACCCUUGUGGCAUCUGGCUACAAAAGUUCAAGUCCCAUCGGCCACCAGAUAGGUGGGAGAAGGACGCCGAGCGGCUCAACGCGCCGCGCCAAAAGCGGGGUUCCAAAGUCAACAAGAACUCGCGUUCAAAAAAGACGCGCACGAAAAAUGAGGCCCGAGCAAAUCCUACGUCGGAGGCGUAUUUCACCACCGACCCGGUCGGCCCGGCGUACGAGGACUCCCCGAAGGUUGUCGGUGGCGGCGGCGUGCGACGGGGCAGUGGGACUGCGGACAGCCCCAUCGCAGUUGAGGAGGACGAUUUGGGCAGCACCAGGCGGUUGCUCUUCUCGUCGCCCAGGAGGGAUGGGGCGCAGAAGGUCUUUGGGGAGCUGCAUCCAAACACGGUCCAAGCGGGCACCAACGCCCCGGAGGUCAAGUCCGCGGCGGCAGCAGAAGAGAGCGAUCCGCGCCAGGAGCGCCCCGGUACUCCGGUAGACGACGACCUGGCCCACGAGCUCUUCGGCACCCCGCCGAAGCCCCCGUCUACGCCUCCGCCGGUGGCAUCCGGGCCUUUUAAGACGCCCACUAGGCGGACGCCGCCCAGCCAUCGGCCGAUUACCAGGAGCAUUUCUCGGUCGGCCCGGUCUGUUAGGCACAUCCCGAGAUCGCCCGACCAGCAGCAAAUCCCGACGGAGUUGGGCUUGAUAUCACCGUUUAACACCGAGCUUUUGACGUUGCUGGAGCAACCGGAAUCGUGGUACUGAGACUUUUCUUUUCUUUCGGUGUUCUAAUGGCAUUUUGGGACAGGUUUUGUACUCGUUUCAGCGAGCAUAUUGUGUUUGGUUCUAGAAUUGAGUGUAUUUAGG